AUGAACUCUCUGUUUUUCAUUUCACUGCUCUUCUCCAUAUUCUAUGCCAAAACUGCAACGGCCACUUGUUCAACUAACUUCACACCGUUCCAGGGAUUAAACUACGCAUUAAUUCCCACCAACGCUGACUGGGACACUUCCUUAGUGGCUUGUCAAGACUGUGGCGCAGACAUGAUGGGAAUGCCGUAUGGCGACAACAAGACAUUUGUUGAACAAACACUCGGAGUAAACACUGUAGCAUGGGAUACCGCCUGGGUGAACAUUAAAAGUGAUGGCUGGUGCUCAUUCUACACUUUCAAAUCGAACAAGCAGUUCUUUGGCACAAACUGUGAGAGCACGGCUGCUUAUGUUCUUUGUGUCAAAAACUGA